CGGAUCUCCUGCAACAUGGGAAAAGAAGAAGCCAGAUCAAUAAAGGAAGUUGCUGGCCACAAGGAGGUGGAGAUGGAGAGGUCCUGCCCUGACUCAGUCCCCCACAUGAGAAGGCCUGAGGAUGUGUGCCACUUCAUCCUGGUUCUCUCUGGACUCCUGAGCACUGCAGUGUUACUACCCAGAGUCCUCCCCUUCCUGAUGGCUCUGCUGGUCUCACUUCCAGGAGGGCCUCUGGCCAUGGCUCUUCUGCUGUCAGCAGCAUGUCUGCACACUGGAAACUCAGCAGGAUCCAACGAAGAAAAGGCGUAUGGCUUCAACCAACCAGCAAACCUCUCUGGGGUCCAGGGUGGCUCCAUCGAGAUCCCCUUCUCCUUCCACUUCUCCUGGGAGUUGGCCAAGGAUCCGCAGAUGAGCAUAGCGUGGAGAUUGAACCACUUCCAUGGGGAAUUCAUCUACAACUCCACCCUGCCUUUCAUACAUGAGCACUUCAAGGACCGGCUCAUCCUGAACUGGACACAGGGUCAGACAUCUGGAGUCCUCAGAAUCCUGAACUUGAAGGAGACUGACCAGACCACAUACUUCAGCCGAGUUUCUCUGCUAACAACAGAAGGCAUGAAGGUUUGGCAGUCGAUUAAUGGGACCCAACUCACUGUGACACAUGCACUCAGCACCACCAUGAGGAGCCCCUCCACCAUCACCUCUGCAGUCACCACAGCUGGCCUGGAGGAUACAGGGGGCCAGGGGAAUCCUUCCCUGCUCAACCUGGGAGCCAUGGUCGCAAUGGUCGUAGUCAAGGCUGUGGUCAUAAUCCCACUCUACGGACUGAUGAUCUUCCUGUGGUGGAGGCAAAGACCAGCUGGGAAUGAGAGGAGCCAAUGCAGAUGAACACAGAGCCUGCUCCUCAGGAAUUCAAGGAGGCACACAGGGGCCUCAGGGCUGACUGCUCAUUUGGAAAUAGCUGUGUCUGCUAAAGAAGGUCUGAGGGCAGACCAGCAUUCAGAGACAACAUGUCACAGGAGUAAAGGAGACA